AUGUCAAAGCAUACGAUUACAACGACAAUCCAAUCUAAAACCAACACGUACAACCGAACAUUGACCUUCCUAACGAUACCUACGAUUUCCGCCUUCAUUCCAGACCAACCUAUUGACCGCACGCCUAUAAAUAUCCCGAAAAACAUACAAUUAGCAGACCCAACAUUUCACAUACCUGCACCUGUCGAUCUAUUACUAGGCGCCGGAGUAGCAUUGUCCUUAUUGAGUGUCGGGCAAAUAAAUCUGUCACCUCCCAACGGUCCAGAUUUAUUCUUGCAAAAAACCAGAUUAGGAUGGAUAAUCGGGGGGAGUGCUCCAGCGUCCAAACCCACGCAAAGCACGAUCUGUCAUGCGACAACGACAAUACAGGACGAUUUGGCGCGUUUCUGGGAGUUAGAAGAGGGACCACAAAUCCAACGGCUAUCUGACGCCGAACGAUUCUGCGAGGAGCAUUUCCAACAAAAUGUUCACAGGAAUUCCGAUGGCAGAUAUGUAGUAGCACUCCCGUUCAACGACAAGCUGCCGCAACUUGGGGAGUCCAAAUCUAGGGCGUUAAAACGCCUGUUGGCUUUGGAACGCAGGCUGCAGCACGACCAAGGUUUAUCACAACAAUAUAGGUCUGUACUGCAGGAAUACCAAGACCUAGGACACAUGUCAGAGGUACAGGACACCGACGAAAUCAACGACGGGUUUUAUCUACCCCACCACGGGGUCACUAAGACUUCCAGUGACACUACGAAGUUACGGGUUGUGUUCGACGGCUCCGCAGCAACAACAACAGGCGUUUCGCUUAACGAGACAUUGCACGUUGGGCCAAAGGUUCAAGACAAUUUAUUAUAUAUCCUCAUUAGGUUCCGAAGUCACCGGUACGUCCUGAAUGGCGACAUCGAAAAGAUGUACAGACAAUUUCUAGUCCGCCCCGAGGAUCGGAAAUAUCAGCGAGUCCUAUGGCGUGAUCCUGCGGGCAAUCUGAAAACAUACACACUAAACACAGUCACCUUUGGACUAUCCGCCGCUCCGUACUUGGCCAUUCGCUGCCUCUCGCAAUUGGCUCAAGACGAAGGACACCGAUUUCCUGAUGCUGCGCAGAGUCUAGUAAGGGACUUCUACGUAGACGACCUACUAACUGGAGCACCAACGGUACAGGGAGCCUUGGCCUUGCGAGACCAAAUGAUCCAGUUAUUAAAUUCAGCCGGGCUAUAA